GCUAAAAAUUACCUGGGUAGCACUGUGUCGGAUUCCUCAUCUGUUGAGGUGUGAAACACGCCUUCCUUCCGUUUAGAGGGGUAUAAAGAUACAACACUUUCCACGGCGUCAUCAGCUGCAGUCGUACGGUCAAGUCAGCCACCGCUGUAACCGUGGCUAAAAUAUGGAAAAACUACCAGCGUUGGUUAUAUUCGCACUGAUAGGGUGUGUCCACAUCUGUGACUGCAAGAAACGAACAUGUCCCGUCGGACCAGAACCGAACACAGAGGAGUCGAUGUACUUGAUACCGGAGCUGAGAAACUUUCACAAUCUCACAGACAAAAGCAUUCAACGAACAAUGAGGAUGGACGUAAACGACGGAGGAUGUCCCCACCAGAAUAGGACCGAACAACACUGCCCUCAUUUUUACGUCAUUAGUUACAACCGGAACCGGAUACCGACCGUUUUGUACCAUGCGCGCUGUGCAUGCCGGACCUGCACUUUAGGCCAGUGCCAGGAGGUGAUGUACUACAGAUAUGUCUUGGAGAGGAACUCCAGGAAUAGCUGUUACAAAUGGAAACUACGUGAAUAUCCCAUAGCAUGUCGGUGUGUACGUGCUGCCAUGGCGAAAAACAGAAUUACGCCAACGCAAAACCAGUGAACAAGCGAAUCUGGAUGAACGUCGCUUUGAACAGUGUUUCAAGCAGAGGAAAGUCUUAUGGGCAGCGGAACAAAAUGGUGACACCUUCAUCAUGUGUGGGGGGUCUUGAGGAAUGGGACCGUGUUUGCCAACUGACUGCAUGUUUCUCUCCAAGUAACUUACUUUAACCCCGAAUAUCACACGGUUAAUUGUGACGCUGUAGACACUUUAUGUUUAAAGAGAGUUAUCCCAUCCCAAUGUCAGUAGUUCAGUCUUCCAUACAACAUCGUCAAUACAAACAUAUUCAAGUAUGUUCGAGUAUCCACAUAAUUCACAUCCCAACUUUGUCAAACAUAAUACACAUUCCUACUUUGUCAAACAUAUUACACAUUCCUACUUUUUGUCAAACAUAAUACACAUCCCAACUUUGUCAAAUAUAAUACACAUCCCAACUUUGUCAAACAUAAUACACAUCCCAACUUUGUCAAACAUAAUACACAUCCAAACUUUGUCAAACAUAAUACACAUCGUAACUUAUCCAAAUAUAAAACCUUCAAAAUACCACAAAACUUCUAGGGUAGGAAUAUGGCCAAUGUUUGACAUAGCAGGAAUGCAUUUCAUGUUUGACUAAGUAGGAAUGUGUUUUAUGUGUAGCAAACUAGGAAUACGUUUGAUGCUUGACAAAGUAGGGAUAUGUUUUAUGUUUGACAAAGCAGGAAUGUGUUUUAUGUUUAGCAAAACAGGGCUUUUUAUGCUUGACAAAGUAGGGAUGUGAAUUCCAAAUUAUGACCUAUAUAGUUAG